UGGGAAGUUUUGCCUCAUUUGUCGUUUUCAUCAUACGUCGUCUCUCCUAUAUGUUGGAGCUCCUACUUUCCUCCACUAACGUUCCGCUCAUUUCUAUCGCAUUAUUUGCCGGCAUCGGGAGCAAUCUCUCAUACGCUUUUCGCCGUCCACAUCUUCAAUCCCUCGUUCGUAUCGAGAGUGUUUACGGUCGGGGACUUGGCGGUCAGUAACACAAUACUGUUUACUGCGAAUAUCGGUCUUGGUUUCUACGUCUACUAUCGACACCAUCUUCACAGGCUUCGGCCAUGGGAUCGUGUAGAAUUCAGCGUAUUUUCAACCACCAUCUUCAAUUUCGGGAGCUUAUUAAGUGCCGUUUUGAUCAAGGCUUUGAUACCCACCAGGACUCCCGCCUGGGCAAGAUGUUUGCUGGGUUCUGCACUGAGUGUCUAUCUUCUAUCGAGAGCAUACAAGUAUUUGCGCUACGUGGAUGACCGGUCUAUACGAAAAUCGCCAACGCCACGGAGGUAA